AUGGAUUUCGCUCCAAUCGAUGCGGGCAACAUUCGAUCUGUGAAAAACCUUCACGCAGGAAUCUUCCCAGUGUUGUAUUCGGAUAAAUUCUUCGAGCAGAUUCUAAACAACGAUCUAUGUGUUGCUAUUAUGGUAGGUGAAACAUGCGUUGGAGUGGUAUGCUGUAAAUUUGAAAUAGUCGGUUGUACAAAGGCUCUUUACAUCAUGUCCCUAGGAGUUCAUCCCCUGUAUCGCUGCCGUGGAAUAGGUGCACAGUUGGUCAAUUUUGUGAUUUCUAAGGCCGUCAGCCAUUGUGUUUCUGUGAUCCGACUUCAUGUUCAGGUAAUUGCUACAUACGUACGCUGUCAUGUUAGGGCUUUUGCAGUGGUGAUGUUUUGA